CGAUUCGACUCUUUUGGCGGCGGCUACAGCUGGAUUCUGUAAUCAUCUUACCUAAUACUCCAACUUUUUUUUGGUUUUGGGGCUUUAUAAGUAUAAUAAUUUACUAGAUAUUAGAAUUCGUAUAUAUUAGUUUCAAUGAAUAAUAUUAAUAGAUAUUGUUGGAUGGUAUAGAUAGUUUGAUCCAAACAGAUCCACCCAAAAGAUUGGAUCGAGAAUGGAUUGAGAGGAUAGCGGUCUUGCCGCCAUGCCUGGUUGUGUACUGCAACAAGUGCUAAAAAGAAGCGGAUCGGAAGCCGACACACAUGGAUCCUAUCCUGAUUGGUGACUUCAUUCCAGGAAACGUCAAGUCGUUUUAUAUUAACAGGCGUGCUAAUGAUGUCGAGCUUGCUGAAGCCGAUACUUUCUUUCGUCAGAUCGCAAGUACACAUCAAGAAUUGAACCAGGAUCUCCAGUACUUUCAUAUGAAAAAAGGUAGGAUCGACCGCCAGCUGAAGACUUUAGAAUCUGAAGUUGCCAUACUUAAGGCAAAAAGGAAAAGUACUAUUGACUUGCUGGAUGAGUCCGAACAGAAGGCCAAGGCAUUGGAAACUCGCCCCGAGGACUGGGAGAAGAUCGGGCUGCAACUGUUGUGGCCGAUGCCAAAACGACUCAAGACGAGUGUUCGUGAGAUCGCGGCGAAUGGCGCACUAGUUCGGAAUUAACAUGUGUUAUUUGAAAUAAAGAUUAUUUGAGUAUUUAAUAAGAUUCUGCCGCAUUGUAGCAGACGAAUUACACUAUUUGAGUAUUUAAAGUUUGCUAUUUUUAUUGCUGAAAAA